AUGUUUCUCAUGUUUUUAUUUACUUUAUCUAUCUGUUCCUAUAUACCGGUGGUCAAAACAUUCAAUCUUGAUAUAAUUUCUCCAACUCUACGAACAGGUCCUCCAAAAUCUCUUUUUGGUUUUGCUGUGGUAUCAUCGUCAACUAAACAACAUUGGACUUAUGUUGGUGCACCUCGAGCAUUACUUACUCGACAACCACCAUCUUCCGUAGUAGCAUUGAACAGUACUGAAAUUAUACCAAAUGGUCGUAUAUUUGGUAAUAUAUUUGAAUGUCCAAAUGGUACAGAUGAAUGCCGACCGAUUCUUAUUGAGAAACAAUUAUCCGAAGCGAUGCCGUCAUUUCAUAAUGUACUCGAUGAUGCUUGGCUUGGUUCAUCACUUAUAGCGACGUCCGAUGAUUCACUUGUCACAUGUGGUUAUCGCUUAAUGCGCAAUAUUAGUAUAGAUCGAUAUGAUACACGCGGUGCUUGCUAUAAAGUUUCAUCUGAUCAACAAGAUGUGUCUUAUUAUGAUUUUUGUGAACAAAAUUCUGAAACCGAAUUAUUACAUGAAGGUAGUGCUCUAUGUCAAAGUGGCCUUAGUUUAGCAUAUAUACCAUCGGGCGGACGAUCAGAUAUAAUUGCAUUUGGUGAACCGGGUGCCUUCCAAUGGUCUGGUCGAAUUGAAGCUGAUUAUUCUGAUACUCUUUUACGACAAUUGCAUGCAUACAAAUCAGCUUCUUCAACACCAUUACCAUAUAGUUAUCUAGGUUAUUCAGUACUAAUUAUCAAAAGUAAAACUCGAGAUUUCAAUGAUAGAUCAUAUAUAUUUGUUGCAUCAGCACCACGAGCAUCAAAUGGUCUAGGAGAAAUUCGUUUUUAUACCAAACGUUUUGUAUCAACAAAUAAUUUUGGUUAUGAUACGCUACAAUUAAUAUUUCAACUCAAUAAUACUAAUCAUUCCAUACCAUUUAUUCUAACUGGAGAACAGAUAGGAAGUUAUUUUGGACAUUCAAUGACAGCUGGAGAUCUAAAUGGUGAUGGCUAUACAGAUCUUGUUGUAAGUGCACCAUUCUACUAUUCGAAAAAGCCGUCAUAUGGUGGUGCUGUUUAUAUUUAUUAUGGAUUAAAUGGAAAGUAUUCCAAUGAUCGACGUCAGGUAUUAUUUGAGCCACCGAUCCAUUCGCGUUUUGGUUUUGCUAUUGCUUGUAUACCUGAUCUAAAUAAAGAUGGAAUCGAUGAUUUAGCAAUAUCGGCACCAGGAGAAAAAGAUGAUAUACACACAGGUAGUGUCUACAUUUAUCUUGGCUCUCGAACAAGUCAAUUAACAAAGUAUACGCAAAAAAUUGUACCAACUCAAUUAUUAAUUAAUUCGAAACAAACAACAAUUAUAAACGAUUUUGGAUUUUCACUAGCUACACAAUCACCAUUUAAGUCUUCCAUAUUGUCAUCAUCUAUAGUGUCAUCGAAUUCAACAAUUCUAAUCUACUAUCCAUCCUUAAUUAUUGGUAUACCUAAAGCAGAUAUGAUUGUUUAUUUAAAAUCGCAUCCAUUAGUAAAUGUUAAUGUACGUAUUGAAAAUAUGAAAGAAUUACAAUCAAUUCGUUAUAGCGCAGAAAAUCGUCGAUGUAAAACAAUAGACGGAACACCUGUCGUUUGUUUUGACGUGCGAUUAUGUUUUGAAUCAAAUGAUAAAUUAGCACAAAAUUUAAUUAUUAUUUAUACAUUAACAGCUGAUGCUUUAUCAACAAUUCGAAGAAUUUUAUCAACUGUCAAUCAUUUACCUACAAUAACAAAUAAACAAAUUUUAAAUACAUGUGAAAAUCAAACAUUCAUUACUAAGAGUGGCAAUGAUGAUUUUUUAACUCCAAUUCAUUUUUCACUUGUUUACAAUAUAUCUCAAGAUAGAAAUGAUCUUCGAGGCAAACCAUUUAUUCUCGAAGGAAAUAUUCCAAUGAUUAAUGCAACUGACGAAGAACGAACAAAAAAAUUUCAAGCAAAUUUUUAUAAGGGAUGUGGAAAUGACGAUAAAUGCAUAACUGAUCUUCAAUUAACAGCUGAAUUUAUCAAUGGGCAAAAAACAUUAAACCUUUCGGUACUUGGCAUUGAUUCUGAAAUCCGUAUACGUCUGAAUUUAUCAAAUGUACCAUCAGAGCCAAGUCGUCGUAAGGCUGAUCCAGCAUUUGGAACGAAAAUCGAUGUUUAUUUCCCAACAUCAUUUGUUCAAUUUUCACAAGCAAUUAUGGAUGAUAAAAGUUAUUCAUGUCAACCAAUACAUCGUAAUCAUGUUCGUUGUAAAAUGACAGAUUUUUUUAAUAAUCCAUUUCCGCCAGAAAAAUAUUCUAUAACAGAACUUGUAUUUACGUUAUCCAAUGUAUCAUUAAGUAAUAUUUUACGCUUUGAAUUUAAUUCAACAACAUUAACUGAUGAAACAAAUUUGGACAAUAAUAAUGUUACUCUCGUAGCAAAAGUUUUAUUAAAAACUGAUUUAAAUCUACGUGCUGGGCAUGAACCUGAACAAGUUUCAGUUAGUGGUGAAGGAAUUCUUGGCUUGAGUUCACUUAAAAAUCUUGAUCAAUUCGGAAUGGAAGUUACGCAUAUUUACACAAUAAUUAAUAGUGGCCCCAACAAUGUUCGCUCACAUAAUGUAACUAUACUAUGGCCCUACGAAACGUUAGAGAAUGAAUGGGAAAAUGGAAAAAUUUUAUUAUAUCUUGUUGAAGAGCCCAUUAUUGAAAUUUCAUCAACACUAACUAGUACAGGUACUAAAAUCGAUGGUCAAUGUGAACGAUUACCUAAAUGGCGUGAUCAUAUUCACAUACUUGAUUCACUUAAUCGAACGUCGUCUAAUACUCGACAACGUCGUGAUGAACAAAAUGUUGAGGGCACUAGUGAUUCUAAAAUAUCAGCAGCAGUAACAACAAUAACACCAACAACAUCAUCAUUCUCGAUACGUUCACUAACAUUAACAUGCGAUCCGAAUUCUCCAACUGUUCGUUGCUAUCCAAUAUAUUGCCAUAUUAAUGGUCUUUCAGCACAAAGCUAUUAUUUUAUAAAGCUUCGUGCUCGAUUAUGGAAUAGUACUUUGAUUGAAAACUAUUUUGACGGAUAUGAUCGCGUUGAUAUACAAUCAUUUGCAUCAAUACAUAUCAAUGAUCUACUGAUAUUUCAAACAUCAACAGAUAAUGAUAAUGCGACAGCUACAACACCUGCAGAAUUUGCAAAUCGAUCAGAUAAAAUAAUUGUACCACGUUUACCUCUUUGGGUUCCAUUAGUUGGAGCAAUGGCUGGUCUUAUCCUUCUUGUUUUCAUAGUUAUUGUUUGUUGUUUGCUGGGUUUUUUUCAACGAACAAAAGCACUGCCAUUGAAAAAAAAAUCGACAGCACUUACACUUGAUGGUACAACAACAAAUAGUUCAAGUGAUGAACAUCAACGAAUACUUCUUCGGCAAGCAUAUCGUCAACCCAUACUAAUUCCAUCGUCGACAACAAAUUCAUUUAAUAAUGAAAACUAUCAUUCACAACAAGCAACAACACCAUUAAUACAUUCAAUACCUGAAGUGCCAUCGGCCGAUAAUCAUGAUCAAGAUAUUGAUGAAGAUGAAGAAGAUGAUGAAUUAAUACAAAAUAAUCUUGGUAAUCAAUCUGAUAUUGACGAAGAAGCACGUUUUCCAGUUGAAGAUGAUGAUGACGAAUAUUCAUCGAAAAUGAAUGAGCGCUUAGUAGAUACAGAAUCAAUCAAUCAUUCAAUGAAAUGA